AUGACAUCCUCAUCAAUCCUGACACCACUCAAAGACCUCAAAGUCGCCAAACAUCAGAUUCCAGCAUAUGGGUUGACACCGAAUACGUCUAUUCAGAACAAGCCUUUACUUGUGUAUAAAGAGGCGUUUAAACAAGGUACUUCUGCUGCACAGAUUGAAGAACAUUUGAGGGGCAUCGGAGAGGUCGAGCCGGCUUGGAGGUAUACUAUGUACAGUACAUCACACUUCCACUCCACCUCGCACGAACUCCUCUGCAUUUCCACCGGCUCCGCUCGCCUCUGUUUCGGCCAUGAAGAUAAUCCAUCCAACAUUACACCCACCGUCUCUGCUGGCGAUGUUAUCGUCGUUCCUGCGGGUGUGGCUCAUCGUUUACUUGACGAUAUAGAAGGGGGGUUUGAAAUGGUGGGGAGCUAUCCGAAGGGAAAGAGUUGGGAUAUGUGUUAUGGGAAAAAGGGGGAGGAGAAGAAAAUCAAGGAGAUUGAGAAAUUGGGGUGGUGGAAGAGAGAUCCGGUGUUUGGGGAUGAGGGGCCGGCUUUGGAGGUUUAG